AUGGUAAUCACCGGAAGAUCAUGUCCAUCUUUUAAUAAAGCAGCAACCAUCAUAUUCAACCUUUGUAUUACGCAAGCCAAUAUUGAAGUCGACAACAUCAUCUGUAUGUGGGAGUGGAAAGAAAAAAACUUAGUACUCCAGCAUGUGCUAAUAUUGAUCGAGAACAGUUUUGGGGGACGCGGUGACUACCCUUAUGACCAAGCAAAGACUCGGCUGGAGUAUUCGGAAAAAUGCAGAGAGAUCAUCAUUCUGUGCCCACUGCCAUUACGUGGCAUCUCCAUUGGUAGCGAAGCCCUGGACAUUCGAGAAGCAGUUUUCAAGUGCAAAGAGUUGAGGAUCCAGCGACUUAGAUGUGAAACAGACUCGAUUCAGCUUGUCAAAGCUAUUACAACGAGGUCACCGUCCCCUGAAAUAUAUGGUAUUGUGUCUGAUAUUGCUGUAGUGUCGGAUUCUGAGGUGGUCCAAUUCAAAUGGAUCCCUAGGGAGAAAAACAAAGAUCCAGAUGCUUUGGCGAAGCAAGCUUUAUUGUUGGAAUCUAAUAUAUGA